UUUUAUAUAUUUCUUUUCUGACUAUUAAAUUUGAAGCUGGCUCUUUGAAUAAAAAUAAUGCAUUUAUUAAGAUUUCUCCAAUUACUUCAAUAGUCUCAGAGCUAAAGAAGUAGUAACUACUACUAACUACUGUUAAAGAAGAGUUUUAGGUCUUUUGAGUAAGAAAAUGAACAGCAAACUGCGUCGCUUUCAGAAUGAGUCAGUUACCAGAGCUUAUAACCAAAAUGUCCUAGAUAAGAAUUGGUUUGAACAGAGAUAUGCUGAUAAACCAAACCCAAAAGGUAUAGUUCCUGGAAUUACAGAAGAAAAUUCGUAUAUAAAUGAUUUUAAAACAACACAUCGAGAACACUUCCGCCCCUUCGAAUUACCAGAAAAAAUUGAUGAAUACGAAAAUUUCAAACUAAAGAAGCGUAUUAGAACCUAUAAGCAAUGUGGAAGUAGUACAAGUAUUUGUAAUAUAGCCAGUGAUCAUGAUUUACGUAAUUCUUCAUCUAAUCAAAAUAUGUGCUAUCAGCCAUCAAGAGUGGACAGUGUUGAAAAAUUAUUUAAAUAGAUGUCAUCACGAAAUUUUUAUUGCAAUGUAAAAAUUUUCGUUUGAUCCACAAAAACAAGAAAAAUUACAAGGAUAAUACGACAUUAUUGCUUUAUUUCUUUUACGAAAAUUAAAGUUGAAUAUAAAUUUAUAAAUAAUUAAGCAAAAUGUUUAAGAAAAUCUUAAGCAGUUAUUUCGAUAUUAAAAAAUAUAUUUUCUGGUAUUGCUAAAAAUACAUC